UCCCGGGUGAUGGCCACGCAGGAGAGGUGGGGAUAGGUUCCUGGUUCCCACUGCCCGGCUUCUGGGUCCGAGGCCUCCCAGUCGGCCAAAAGCCGGGUAGAAGAGAGCGCCCAGGACUGGCGGCGCUGGAUGGGGUCUGAGUCGGGGACGGCGGCGCGGGUGGGCCAUGCUCCGGCACUCCCCAUCGCUGUGGGAGCUGGUGGAGGAGCACGUUCCACUCCAGGAGCGACCUGAAGUGAAGAGCAUUCUGGGGGAGGCGGCGGUGGACCUUAGCCUGGAGCUGCGGGCGGAGGUGGCGAUGUUACGGGCACUGCUCCAAGAGGCUCGAUCCUCUCAAGCCCCCAGCUCCCGCCCCAUCUCUGACCCCUCUUCUCUUCUGGCACCACCGCCUCUCCUAAAGGACCUCGUGCGCCAGGAACUCCGGCAGUUGCUCCAGGGUCUCCGCCACAAAGCGAUCUUUGAGGGCAGGGAUCAGGCCCAAGCUUGGGUCAAGUAUAGCCCCAGGGUCCUGCGCUUUGCCUUGGAGGAGCCCAGGUGUGAUUUGCCAGAACAGGAGGUAUUCCAGAUGAGAGGUGGUGUGCCCAGCAGUCACAGAGACCUCAGCAUCAUCAAGGACCAACUGAACGUGUCCAACAUUGACCAGGUGGCCAGACACCUGAGGGGCCUUCUGGAGGAGGAGUGUCACACCUUGGAGAGGGAGAUCCCCAUCCUGCAGCGUUGCCUGGAAGAGGAGUAUAUGAGGCCUUGCCACCCCUCUGAGGCAGCCUUGGAGCCCACCCUGGCAGAGCUAAGGGAACAGAAGAAGGCCAUGGAGCAGGAGCUGUGGGUAUCUGUGAGGCCUUCUCACGUGUCUCCCAACCGCAGCGGCCCUUGGGGUCCUCCAUGCAGGGCCUCAGCCCCCUGCCUUGCCUCUGCGGGGCUGCUAGAGUUCGGGCUGCCCCUCUCCAGUGCCACCUGCCUGCACCUCCUCUGGAGCGCUGCCCUCGACCUCGAGGCCAGGCAGCCAUCCACCGCUGGGGACGGCAGCUUCAGUACAGCCCCAGGGAAAGGCCAGUUUCCACGCCCACAUCCAGCGCAGCACCCCAGGCCCCAGCCUGAAGGGCUGGUCACCAAGUGGGCUCCAGCUUAUGCCAGGACGUGCCCAUCUGCCGCUGCCACCUCAGCUGCCUUGGCCCAGCCAGCUUCAGAUCUGGUCUUGGAUGAGCUCUCGCCAGGACCCCAAGGCUGUUCAUCUGUCUGGCCCUUGCCCUACCCUCUCAGAUCCUUGGUGUCUGGAGCUGAUGGCCCGGCAUCUCUCCCAAUCAUCAAAGCCUUUGGCCUUUCUCCUCCCAAGCCUCCACAAAGGCCUGGAAGACAGAGGUUCCAUUCCAGCCUGACUCUUGUCCCCUGGGGGACCCAGACAAAACACAGCAGCCACUCAGAGACAGGAAUAGAAAUUUCAUUAAAAUCUAUGGACUUUAAAAUGCUAGUGGUGCACGAUGGGCAGGGAUGGGCAGUGCACCGUUAUUGCUACAGAGGAUCAGAGGUGGCGUGGCUGGGGCUGUCACUGCACAGAGGACGGACAAAUGGACACUUCAGGGCUUCAGACACCUCAGAAGGAGCUCAUGCUCCAGAGAGGGGAAGGGCACGUGGGCUGUGGCCAUUUGGCACAUGAAUGAGGGCAGCACAUUUGGGAAGACUGGGCCUUUAGCCUGGUAGAG